UCCUUACAAGGGAUCGACAAAAAAAAACUCAGACGGUGCGUCAAUCUUCCUCCCCGAAAUUCCGAGUUGUGAAAGAAUCGAUUAUCGAAAGAGCUGACGUUUUUUCGAAUACCCGAAAUCUCGUGUGACGACUUAUCGGACACCCCGUACGUGUGUAUCACGUAUCUGCGCCAAGGGGUGAAAUUUAAAGGGAGGGGCUGCUCUCGAAAAUGGCUGUUAUACACGGGGUGGUAGGACGUCGAGAAGAGGGCAAGUAACACGGUUCAUCCCUGUCUUCCACUUUGACCAAUUGACAUUAUUUUCCGACAAUUGAUACAGUUACCUAAUCGAUAGCUAUUAUGUGGCGGCUGAGAAGCAGCCUCCGUGCUCAUCUUCGCCCACCCCCGAGCCGACAUAUGAUUCGGAACAGAUACACCGUCUCGGAUUCUUACGCGUCGUACGUCGGCGGGCCUCGCCUCUGAAUUCCGGUCGCGGUUUCUUAACGAGUGAAAGAAUCGCGGGUAUCGUUCGCCAGUGAGACUCGUCAGUGCGUGCGAACGAGAUUCGUUUAAAGGGGGGUAUAAUCCUCUGUGGGAACGUGGUCGUUUUUUAUGUCAAGAUGAGAACGAUCGUGGCACCGAUCACGCGAGAGUGCUGGAAACGAGUGCCUGCGUCUGGAAUAUCCAGCAACAUUGGAUGAUGUAAGCAAGAAGAGCGAAGAAUAACCCAAGUACAGGAAAGAUGUUCGCUCGGAGAGUGCUGCUCCUCCUUCUCCUAGGAAUAUCCUUCUGUCUCUGCUCGGCGGAUCUCGACAGAUCCGUGAGGGCCGUCAAGGGGCGGUUUCGGACGUACGCCGCGUGGCGUGUGGUAAUGUGUCUGGCGCAGCCACAAGCUUCGCUGAGGACGGACGUUCAGAAGGCAUGGGAGAAGGCCAGGCUGGAAUCCUCCCACGCGGACAUGAACGUGUCCUUCAUCGAGGCGCCACCCAAGACGGAUUCGCUCGCCUACCCCCUGUCGUUGUUGAACAAAUUUUGUAACGAGAUCAAAGGCGGACGUACGAUGCUGAGCCUGAUAAUCGGAGGAGGAUCCGCGGCUAGGUUUCUGGUCACCGCUGCAACUGCGCUCAACGUUCCAACCCUUUGGUUGCCGUUCACUCACGAAGACUUUUUACGACAGGGAAACUUAGGGCAAUACGAGAGUCGCAUCGGUUCCAGUACGAGAGAAGUCGGAGCAGCCGCAGCGGCCCUCAUGCAGAGAGCAAACUGGCACGCGUUCACUCUACUCAUCGACACUACUUUACUUCCCUUGACUCAUCUCUUACACGCGAAUCAAACGACCCUCACGCCUAGGACCAUCAUACACUUGCCGACCAACGACAAGACUCUUCGACUACGGAUAAAAAGAGUCGCCGAGGAGGGUGGAAGCGGGGGAGUGAUAGUGAUGGGCUGCGAUCUGAACAACGCUAGGAAAAUAUUAGCCGUGGCCGGGAAGUACGAGAUGCUCGCGGGACGAUUCCUUUGGCUGUGGCUGGACUUAAAAGCGGAGCUCAGACCGAACGAACCGAACAUAAUCAGUUCUCAUAUAUUGCACGGGUCCAGGUCGUCCAUAGCGACCAACGAAAAUCCGUCGUCGCCCGUGGAGAGCAUCAACAGGAAUAUAAAUCUCAUCGCCGAGAAUCAAUUGUCCGUGAGUUCCCUACCGAGCUUGGCCGACGACGUUCGUAGAUUGCAGGAGUACAGGUGGCAAAACGAGAUGUCCGUAAGUAGCAAGCAGGAAGAGAAGGGUUUCAAUUUCGACGACGACGAGGACGACGAGAUCAGGAUAAUGGACAAAGAAUUGAAUUCGAAAGAUUUCAUGCCGGUCGGGAUGCUGGCACUGAGGCCGUCCGGCAUCAAAUUAAUGGGCAGCGACACUAUAUUGUCUAGAAUGAUCAGGGAGACUUCGCAGGCGUUGGACGAGACGUUCAUCGAGGUGAAACCGAGGAUCAGUCGGUUGGGAGAGACUCAGAUGGAUAUUUUCGUGCCGGAAUGCUUUCCAAGGAACACGGCCAAGUUCUUGGUAAAUAAAAUGAGGCACAACGUUUCCAAGACUUUGACCCAAAAGCUCAGAAGUUCUAUGAGUCAACUUUCGAGGGACAAGGCCAAGUUUCAUUUGUUGAACUUGCAAGCUAUACGAUUCCCUGGCAACAAGACUCAACUCAGAUGGACGAAAGUGGGCACCGUGAAAGGCGGGAAGGAAGUGCACCUGGACACGAUAAUUUGGCCAGGCGGCGGGAUCAUGCCUGCUUAUCUCGAGCAAGGAGGCGAGAAGAUCGGAAUGCCUAUGUAUCGCAUAGUAACUGCCCUUGCAUCGCCGUUCACCAUGAUAACCAACAUACAAGAAGGCAUCUGUCUAAGAGGAGUCUUCUGUCGGCAAGGGACCACUCUGAUGUGCUGUUACGGUCUGACCAUGGACCUGAUGUCGAUAGUGUCCCGCGAAUUGGGAUUCCGAUUCGAUUUGUAUUUAGUGAACGACGGCCUCUUCGGGAAACGAAAUGGUACGAGUGGUACGUGGAACGGGAUAAUGGGAGAGCUGGUCUCGGGCCGAGCGCAGCUCGCCUUCGCGCCUCUCAGCGUCUCGGCGAACCGAGCAAAGGUCGUCGACUUCACCACGCCGUAUUUCUUCAGCGGAGUCAGCUUCCUCACAGCGGUCAAAGUGAAAUCCGAGAUAUCCCUCUUCCCGUUCUUAUCACCGUUCAGUACAGAACUAUGGAUCGCGGUAUUCACGUCGCUGAAUUUUACCGCGAUCGCGGUAGCUCUUUACGAAUGGUUCAGCCCGUUCGGGUUGAACCCGUGGGGCAGACAACGAAGCAAAAACUUUUCAAUCUCCUCCGCUCUAUGGGUGAUGUGGGGCCUCCUGUGCGGACACUUGGUAGCCUUCAAGGCGCCCAAGUCCUGGCCUAACAAGUUUCUCAUCAACAUUUGGGGAGGGUUCUCAGUGAUCUUCGUCGCCUCGUACACGGCCAACAUCGCUGCUCUCAUCGCUGGCGAUUUCUUCAACCCAGUCGUGAGCAACUAUCACGACAAAAGCUUAUUGCUGCAGAAAGUCGGCGCGCCAAGAGCCUCGGCUGCUGAAUACUACGUACAAAGAGCUAGUCUUCAUCUGUCGUCCCACAUGGCCAGAUAUUCUCUGUCGAACGUCGACGAGGGUGUCGAGAGAUUGAGAAACGGUAGCUUAGACAUACUCAUAGCAGAUACGCCUAUUUUGGAUUACUACCGCGCCAUCGACAACGGCUGCAGAUUGCAAAAGAUCGGAGACACCAUAAACGAAGACACUUAUGCCAUCGCCCUGACCAAGGGCCACCCUCUCAAAGAAAGUAUAUCGAAAAUUAUCGCCAAUUAUUCCAGCACUGGGUUGUUAGACAUCCUACAGGAGAAAUGGUACGGCGGUCUUCCAUGUAUUCGAGGUAGGAACACGGGUUUGGAACACGAACAGCGGAGACAACCCAGACCUUUAGGCGUGGUGUCGGUAGCGGGUGUGUUCUGCCUGCUGGGACUGGGAGUCGUGCUCGGGGCGAUCAUCCUCGCAGGAGAACACUUGUUCUACAAAUACACCCUACCGAAACUGAGACACAAGCCGGACGACUCGAUCUGGCGAAGUCGCAACGUGAUGUUCUUCUCGCAGAAACUGUACAGGUUCAUCAACUGUGUAGAACUGGUGUCGCCGCAUCACGCGGCCAAGGAACUGGUCCACACCGUGAGACAAGGGCAGAUCGCGUCGCUGUUUCAAAAGAGCGUCAAGCGAAAGGAACACGAACAGCGCCGAAGGCGCAAGAGCAAGGCGCAGUUCUUCGAGAUGAUCCAGGAGAUACGAAGAGCUCAGCAAGAAGAAAAAAUAGACAGUAUGCAACAGCCCGAGGAACGAGUGUCUACUUUUAAAAAGGAAGAGAAAACAGUGAAAGGGAGGGAACGAAGUAGGAGCAAGAGUCCGUUGAUGCCUCCGAGUCCGAAGCGAGAAAAAAGCCGAAGCUCUACUAAUCUAUCCAGCUCGAGACUGGGCCUGUCUCCCAUCAGUUUAGACGCACCGAUGAAGCCCAGAGAGUUCACUCUGAGCAGCACGAACCUCCGUGCGAGGAGUCCGCUUGAAACAGUGGGUCGAAGAUUGAGCCACGGCGACGGUGGAUCACCGCCUCCGCGGCUGGGCUCGAACUUCGGAGGCAGUGCGACGCUGCGACCACUGGCUCCGACGAAGAGCGACUCCACGGGAACCGCGACGCCCACGGCAAAGGGAGAAUCGAGCGGCGGAGGUGCACCCACGCCGAGAUACGCGAGGAGCCCAGCGAAACGGGGACAAUCGUUCCCAGUGUUCGCCACCCUGAGGCCUCCGCAUUCAUCCAGUCACCAGGUUUCGAAGAGCUCCUUGCUGUCACCGAACAACGAGCUGACCACCGCCAUAGGUCGCAAACUGUCUCGCGAGUGGGGCUCUGGGACCAUAGACAUCACCCGGUCGACGGAAACCGUGGCCAGGGGAUCGACUUACACCCUGAACCAGGAGAUGACUCUGUCCCUGGAGCGACCACCGCACGAGAAGAUUCAGGAAGACCCGUUGCCUAUCAAGAAGCCUAUCAGAAGAGCCAGGAGCCACGAGAACAGGGACACCGGCAAGCUGAUGGCCGAUCUACCGUCGCCGAGGCUUGCCGCGCAACAGCCUGUCGUCGGAGGCAGAUCGGUAAGCGAGAGAACUAAGAAGCAAUUGGAGUCAGAGUUGAAAGCGAUUUUAAGUGCCAGAGCUCAUCAUCGGGACCUCCAUCCCCCUUGAUAGGCGACCGACGAGAUUUAAAACAAUUUCAACAAAGAGAGUUCUUGCAAAAGUGAGCAGAGUAUUAAAGAGGAUCGUUGCCUCUGAGGGGCUUUGAUUGAUUUAAGCAAUAUCAGAUUUAUAGGUCAAUUUGUAGAGGAAAACAUCCGUGAAAUCGUAACGCAAAAAAAAAUAUAUAUAUAUAUAUAAAGAAAAAAAUAUAUAUAUAUACAUACAUAUAUGUAUAUAUAUAAAGUGUCUCUGGGUAACGAAAAGGGAAGAGAUUCUUCUCACGAGGAAAAAGCGAAGUCUCUUUGUCUGUUCAUGUUGUUAAUAUUGAUAGAAGUACGUUGAAAUGGCAAAAAAAAACUGCUAGGAAACUUUAGUAGAGAUCGUCUUAACGAGUAGCGAAACUUAAACGAGUAUAAAAUAUUUUCUUGUUGGCAUAUUUUAAUCUCUACAGCGAGCGCGGGCUUCGGCGAGUCUCCGACAUACGCGAUCGUUGAACCAUCCGUACACCGCCGUGUUUCUCGACCCUCGCGGUAUCUCUACCCUCCUCCGGAUUCGUCCCUGUCGCAUUAACGAGCGAGGAAACGGUGGUACACGGUGUUUCGUUGAAUCCCAUACUGCCAUAUACCUUUUAAUAAUAGCGGGAGACUCGCCCGGACGGCUCACGGCGUAGAAACGACCAGUAAAAAAAAAAAAAGAACGCAUAAUCGGAAAUCUUGGAAAAUUGUCUCGGAGCCUGGUGAAACUUGAAAUCGGACGGGUCACUUUUUUACCGAUUUGCUGGCACUCCGUCAAGUCUAAAUAACGACGAAGAUAGUACGUACGUACGUACAUACAUACGAACAUGCAUACAUACAUGAAUACAUACAAGCAUUAAUCAUGAAACUACUUGUAAUCUCAUUCACCUGUAGAGGAAAAACGAUUGCUGUGCAGCCUAUUAUAGGUGAAGAGAUAUUAAUUCAGGAAUUGCACAACGCAUAGAAUCAUCGGAAUUGAACAUGCACAUAAAACUCUUAUCGAUGUUCUUUUCCUUUCAAUCUUUUUUCCGAUCAGAUCUAUCAUCCCUUCGAUUCGAUCCUAACUAUCAACACUUUAGAACGUUAGAAUGAAUGUGUGGGACUAAAAAUUAAUCGAAAAGAAUAAAAAGAAAAAAAAAA